UGUCCGCACGGGAGGCCAAGUCUCGGACUCUGUAUUGCCUGAUCUUCUGACCCUGCAUCUCCGCUCGUCUUCCUCUACCGGCAUGGCAACCGCCGUCGCAAUAGCAGAAGCCCUUCACUUCUCUCUGGCGUCAGGCCUAGGAGUACACCGGCAGCGACGGCCUCCUCUGCUUCGUCUCAGCUUUAUAUCCUCUGUAAAUUCUUACGGGCUAUUUUACUUCGAUCAGUUCCGACAUUCAUGCUUGCGCCGGAAAACUACAAAUUAUGUGUUGAGAACCAAGGUUAAGUUGGAGGAUGGAGUGGAUGAUGAUGCCUGCGAGCUUGUUAAUGGCACUGAACUUCUGAUAGGUGAGAGUGGGGACAGCUUUCGUGCUUAUUUGUUUAAGGCCGUCAAGAAUAACAAUGGCACCGGUUUGCUACUUCUGUCUGAUAUUUUUGGGUUUGAGGAUUCGUCCACACGAGAUUUCGCUUAUCAAAUUGCGUGCAAUGGUUACAAUGUUCUUGUCCCUGACUUAUUCCGUGGCGAUCCGUGGAAGAAAUGGCAGCCUGCAGCCGAGCUUGAGCAUUGGCUCGCUCGACAACACCCUGAAAGAGUAGCCAAGGACAUAGAAUCAUCGACGAAGUGGAUGAUUGACGAAUUCACCGCCGCAGGGAUAUCGAAGAAGCUCGGAGUUAUCGGAUUCUGCUUCGGUGGCGGACGUUUGAUGGAAGCAUUAGCCAAGAACAGCCAUUUUCGGACUGGUAUUUGCUUCUACGGGACGAGAAUUAACUUGUCGUUAGCUGAGUUUAUAAAUGUUCCAGUACUGUUUAUCUGUGGGGACGAAGACCCUCUUUGCCCGAUGAGUUUAGUGUUAGAGAUGGAGAAGACGAUUGAGGGAUCGAAAGCUGUGAUCUUUUCGGGGAGAGGCCAUGGAUUUGCUCAUCGCCCGGAGAGUCAUGAAGAUGAUAGAGACGCCGAGGAUGCCUUUAAUUUGUUGAGAAAUUGGCUGAAACAUCACUUGAUUUUGGAUCAGGAAAAUUCUGUCUUAAACAGCCAGUACGCUUAACCUUUGUUUUUUUAUUUUCUUCCCAAGUGGACUUUAGUUGUGGAUCCUAUUUUCUCUUGUAUUCUAUGUCUGAAUUGUUAGAAUAAGGGAUGAAGAUUGUAGUGAGCAAGCUAUGUAGUGUUUGGUCUUUAUGGCUCGUUUGAAGGGCCAUCUGCUAUCUAAAAUGACGAAAAAUUAUCGUUCUUUAGAAACAACUUCGAGAGAUGUUGUUUCAACAAACAAAAGUAAAUCUGUGUCGGUGUUCACUAUAAUGGAACAAGAGUUUCACCAU